ACAGACCUCUCCGUCCUCCUCGCUCGCCCGUAUCUGCGUCCAAAAUGCGCGAGAUUGUGCAUUUGCAAGCCGGCCAGUGCGGAAACCAGAUCGGAGCCAAGUUCUGGGAGGUAAUUAGUGAUGAACAUGGUAUCGAUCCUACUGGUACUUACCAUGGCGACAGUGAUCUGCAGCUAGACCGGAUCAGUGUCUACUACAACGAGGCCUCAGGUGGGAAGUAUGUGCCCCGUGCCAUCUUGGUCGAUCUGGAGCCUGGUACAAUGGACUCAGUCAGGUCUGGUCCAUUUGGGCAGAUCUUCAGACCUGAUAACUUUGUUUUUGGUCAGAGUGGUGCUGGUAACAACUGGGCCAAGGGGCAUUACACUGAAGGAGCUGAGCUGGUAGACUCAGUCCUGGAUGUGGUGAGGAAGGAGGCAGAGAGCUGCGACUGCCUGCAGGGUUUCCAGCUGACCCACUCUCUGGGCGGAGGCACCGGGUCGGGUAUGGGUACUCUCCUCAUCAGCAAGAUCCGUGAGGAGUACCCUGAUCGCAUCAUGAACACCUUCAGUGUAGUGCCUUCUCCCAAAGUGUCUGACACAGUGGUGGAGCCCUACAACGCUACCCUCUCUGUGCACCAGUUGGUUGAAAACACGGAUGAAACCUACUGCAUUGACAAUGAAGCUCUGUAUGACAUUUGCUUCCGUACACUCAAACUCACCACCCCCACCUACGGAGAUCUGAACCACUUGGUGUCGGCCACGAUGAGUGGGGUCACCACCUGCCUGCGUUUCCCGGGGCAACUGAACGCUGAUCUCCGUAAGCUCGCUGUCAACAUGGUGCCCUUCCCACGUCUACACUUCUUCAUGCCUGGAUUUGCUCCUUUGACCAGCAGGGGGAGCCAGCAGUACCGCUCCCUCUCCGUGCCUGAGCUCACCCAGCAAAUGUUUGACGCCAAAAACAUGAUGGCGGCUUGCGACCCACGCCACGGUCGCUACCUCACCGUGGCGGCAGUUUUCCGUGGGCGCAUGUCUAUGAAAGAAGUCGAUGAGCAAAUGUUAAAUGUACAGAACAAGAACAGCAGCUACUUCGUGGAGUGGAUCCCAAAUAAUGUGAAGACUGCCGUGUGCGACAUCCCCCCACGUGGCCUCAAAAUGGCAGCAACUUUCAUUGGCAACAGCACAGCCAUCCAGGAGCUGUUCAAGCGCAUCUCUGAGCAGUUCACAGCAAUGUUCCGUCGUAAGGCUUUUCUCCACUGGUACACAGGUGAAGGCAUGGAUGAGAUGGAGUUCACUGAGGCUGAGAGCAACAUGAACGACUUGGUGUCCGAAUAUCAGCAGUACCAGGACGCCACUGCUGAGGAGGGUGAGUUUGAGGAGGAAGGAGAGGAAGAGGUCGCCUAAGUUUAUUAUCGAAGCCCCGCUGCCACAUCUCAUUAUGCCCCCUCCGCUCUCCAACUUCAUUCCCCCCGUCAUCAUGAAAUGGAGUGGUCCAUCGCACACUGAGAGAAGCAUCUAGAUCACUAUUGCUCUAGUGUUAGACGUUAGUGUAAUCUGGUAGUGUUUGUAUGUUGUGAAUGCAUUGAUCAUUGACAUUCCUUGCCCAUUACCUUGCCAAAUAAAAAAGCAAGUGAUUUUAACUGUGAAGCCUUGUUACUGGAAAAACAUUAAAUCUGAUUUUAAGGCC